AUGUCACAAAACCCGCGGAUGAUUGAACGCCGCGUGGUGUUCGGCGUGUGCGAGGAUGUCAAGGACGGCGUGCACUACCUUGGAGAGGACUACAUUGUGUGGGUUGCCGGCGAGAGUCUUGUGCUGCUCGAUACACAGCAAGGCACGCAGGAGCUCGUGCAGUGCACACCCGGAUGUGAGGGGGUGACAGCGAUGGCUCUGGCCCCCAGUCGCCGCCUCCUGGCAGUGGCCGAGUCGGGCAAGACUCCGCUCAUCGUCAUUUAUCUCUUCGACUCUACCGCUUCCCCACGCAUCAAGCGGCGCUCGGUGCUGCACUUCUCCGACCUCGGCUCCACCGAGUUUGUCUCGCUCUCCUUUUCACAGGACGGCCGCUACCUCGUCACUCUCGGCGGCUUCCCGGAGUGGAAGUUGGUGUACUGGGACGUGGAGAAGCACAAGAUGCUUGCCCACGACACGGCACUGGAGAGCGCCAUAACGGCCAAGGACAGUCGUCACCUCAAGCAGUGCUCCAUCUCCCCCUACGACGCUUCCCUUCUCUGCGUCACGGGGCAGGGCUGUGUGAAGUUCUUCUCCUACACGGACGGCCACCUGUUCCCCACCACCGGUGGGGUGGAGGCGCCGGAUGUGCAGUACCUGGCCCACACCUGGCUGAUGGAGGAGGAGAGCCGACUCGUCGUAUCCACCGACAACGGGGACCUACUGCUCUUUGAGAAGCAGCAGUACAAGCACCCCCUUCCGCUUUCCCCGUCUGACGGCAUCGCCAUCACGGCGCUCGCGUCCUACACGAAGGGAUUCGUCUGCGGCGGUGACAUGGGUCUCAUCACGCUGUUCGAGCGCACACUCAGCAAGGAGAUGUAUCGCAAGGUGCGCACGUUCCGCUUCGCCGCCGACGGGCGGUACGGCGCCGUGACGGACUUGACGACAGUAUCGAAGAUCGGCGCUCAGGUGCCGGUCAUUCGCGCCUUCACCUUUACUCCGCCUCCAGCGGAGGAGAUGCUUGGCUUUCUCACGAGCACAAAGCAGAUUUACGCGCUGAAUGUGCCGAACGCGGAUUUCACCAAAGCCGAGGACAUGGUGUUUCAGCCGGUCGGGCAGCCUUUCCACACGGGCGGCGUCGUUGCCGUGGACACGUGCGUCCAGCGGCCCCUUGUCGCCACCGCCGGCCGUGACGGCAGUGUGUUUCUGUGGAACAGCAUCACCAACGUGGUGGAGAUGCGCAAUAGCUUCCAGGAGGAGAUUGUCAGCAUGGCGAUGCACCCAUCCGGGCUGCACAUGAUCAUCGCCUUCGCUGACUCUAUGCGUGUGUUCAACAUAUACGAAAAGGAAUUGUGCGAGUUCAAGCGGCUCAGCAUCCGCAACUGCACCGCGUGCCGCUUCAGUCACGGCGGGCAGUACUUCGCCGUUGCCAACUCCUCCAUCAUCCACGUGCACUACACGUACACGUGCGAGCUCCUGGGCCACUUGCGCGGGCACAACAGCAAGGUACGUAGCCUCAGCUUUGUGCCACCGGAUGACACCCGCCUCAUCUCGUCUGGUGCCGACGGCGCCGUCUUCGAGUUUAGCCUGUGUGACUUCCACAAGGUCCGCGACAACGUCACGAAAGCCGUGACGUAUCACUGCGCUGCGGCGGAUAUGCACACUGUCUGGGCUGCUGGAAACGAUCGAAAAAUGCGGCAGAUGGACCGAGCCACGAUGCUGCAGACCAUCGAGUACAACCUGCCCGACGCAUCGAUGCGGUGCAUGCUGGUCAGUCAGUCGCUGAAGCUCCUCUUUGGCGGCUGCGAGGACGGCACCGUCCGUGUGUUCAACACGUACCUGGGCGAGAAGCUGAACGGACAGGGGGUGGACCGAGGUGGUGGCGGCGCCGGCGGCGGUGCAGGAGGCGGCGGUGACAGCCAUCACGGCAACCCACGCAUCGUGACGGCGCAACGCGACAUCAAGAUCGAGUCGCACGUCACUCACAUUGGUAUCAUCACGGACAUGGCUCUCUCGUACGAUGAGGGCAUGCUCAUUACUGUUGGUGAGGACGGAAUGGUAGUCUUUUGGGACGUUGUAGCCCCGCACCGUGGCGCUGUAAAGCAGGUCGAGCACAUGACAGAGCUCCUUGUCGAUCGCCGUGACCUGGACGCCUCCAUGCAGCUCCUGCACAACCUCACCACUCAGGUGAAGGACCUGCAGCAGCGUAUGGCACAGCAAAAGUUGAAGAAGGAGCGGCAGCACGAAGAGCAGAUCGCACACCUCGACCGAGACUACCAGAAUGAGAUGCAGAAGCAAAAGGCGGAGAUCGCGGCUCUCCAGGCGGCCAAAGGCGAGCAGGCCAUCCGCUUCACCGAGCUUAUGGCGGAGAUGGAGCAAAAGUUUGCCCAGACGCUCAGCCAGGCCGAAGAGGACUAUCGUUGCAAGAUCGAGUCGCUCAGUAGCCGUGCCGGCCAACUGCGCCACCUCCUUGCCGAGGCGGAUACGAAUCACGAACGUGAGAAAGCGCGCUUGCAGGAUGAGACCGACACCCAGCGCCUGGCCGACAAGCAGCGGCAGCAGAGGGAGUUUAACGCUCUCGACGAGGAGCAGUACCGCAUUGCGGCCGAGAAGGAGCGCAACGACGCUGAGACGGAGGCGAUGUGCGCCAUAAUUGAAGAGGACAAUGACACCGAGAUCGUGAAGGCAAAGGAGUACUACGAGAAGCGUCUCCGUGAGCAGGAGGAAGAGGCGGCAGCGCUGCAGUCGGCCAACAACGCGCUCCUCUCCAAAUUGAACAUGAACCGUGCUGAGCUCGAGUCCAAGAUGGCCGAUGUCACCGAGAAGCUACGGCAGCAAACAGUGUUAGAGUCGCACAUCAACUCAGCCAAGCGCGACAUCGAGGCCCUCACAAAUGAGGUGCGCGAGCGAGGGGAGACGAUCACCGAGAAGGAACGCCGCAUUCAAGACCUGCGAACAAAGAAUCAGGAGCUGGAGAAGUUCAAGUUCGUGCUCGAGUUCAAGCGCAAGGAGCUCAAGACACAGAUCGAGCCAAAAGACAACGAGAUCAGCGCCUCCAAGCUGAAGCUGGAGCACAUGGACGCGGAGACGAGCCAGUACGAGUCCAGCAAUGAGCACCUGGUCUUGCAGAUCAAGAGCCUGCGGCAGAAGCGAGCGGCCCAGCAGAAGGAGCUUGACGGCCUUGCGGCCCGCAUAGCCGAGGCAAAGUCGCUUCAGGGCCGCAUGUGGGCAGAGAUCAGCGACACCUACAACGAGUAUCAAGCAUCGAAGGACAAAAAGCGGCUCAAGUCGAUGUCGAAGGCGCUCUACGAGAACUACACAGAUGGGCACAGACCAGCCAAUCAGGGUCAGUUUACGUCAGCUCGGACUGCCACCGAUGAGGUGAAGGACUACCACCGGGAGCGCGACCACCUGGAGGGAAACUUGGCAAGCCUAAAGAGGAAGAUCGCUAAGGACGAAGAGAACCAUCGCGUGGAGAAGCAGCGCAUCACCACGGAGAACGUCAUCCUCAUCAAGGAGAUCAACGACCUGCGCAAGGAGGCACGAACGGUGGCUGCAAAGGCCGGCGUGGUGCGUCCUACUGACCCCAACGGCGUCUCUGUGUACGACGAGCAGUACGCGCGUGAGGUCAGUGUGCAGCAGGCUGAGAUAGUGCGGCUGCGCGCGAUUGUGGAGCAGCUAGAGGCCCAGCUGAAGGCGAAGGGACUCCCGCUACCCAUCACCAACGCCUAA